CAAUCUGUUUUUUUCUUUUCUUUUUUGUCAAGGCUGCACCUUAAAACACAUUACAUGGUUAUUUGAUUAUUUGAAAGACUUCUACUUGACUCAGUAAGCAGCAUGUCAACAGAAAAACACAGAGAAAUCACUUUGAAUUACAAAGAACUUCAUUCCGACUCUAAUUAGAACGGUUCGGACUGAAUCAAAUUAUUGUAAAAUGAAGCUGUGUGUGUUUGUGCCACCGUGUGUUUAGCCCGCAGCCACCUAUCUGUUCCUGCAGGUCACCCACUCAGAGAAUUAGAGAGUUACAGUGGUGUGAUUAGCACGAGAGUAAAUAUUAUCUUGUGUGUCUGUGUUUGCUAAAGCCAGACCAGCGUCUAGGCUGCACUGAUGCUGCCUGAGAUGGUGAAUAGACGCUUAUUGCAAUGCUGUAAAAUAGGUUUACUGCUGGAAAAAAAGCUGCCAUAACCUUAAAAAUAUGAGCUCCGCAUGCAUGCUGCAAAGCAUAUGGUGCGAGUGCUGCAUGAGCAUGCAACCUGGAGAGGGAGGCGCUGCAUUCACGGAGGCAGCUCAGAAUUGCGCCUGAUGUUGUGAAUGCAGCUUUGAACUGUGCCAGUGGCAGCAGAGAGGGAAAAAUCAAAGCAGCAUCCUGGAGAAUUGGCCGAUGCAUCUCUGCCGGAGCAUCCAUUUGACGGAGACGGCGCGCAGAGACGCGGAGCCCGCUUGUCCUCCAGAGUCGGUUUCCUAGAGUGUCUGCAGGAAGAUCGGGCUGCUUUUUUCUUCUCUCCCGCAGCAGUGACACGGACAGGAUUUCAUAACUGGACUGUUUAUCUCAGAGGAAAGCAGGUCGAACGCAACUGAACAGGGGAUUCUGAGACGAGGCAGGAAUACCCGAGUGUUCAAGUUUUCCUGGAAGUUGCGCUGUUAUCUGCGAUCAUGGGAAUUAGCGGGUGUCUGGCGGUUCCCGGGAGAUGCUUUGUGGUGCUUGGACUUAGACUGUUACUGCUUGUACCCGCAGGAGUUCCGGUCAGGAGCGGGGACUCGGUGCUGAAGGACAACAUCACCGUGAGGCAGGGGGACAGUGCCGUCCUUAAAUGCAGUGUUGACAGCAAAGUUUCAAGAGUGGCCUGGCUCAAUCGCACCACAAUUCUAUUCGCAGGGAAGGAGAAGUGGUCUUUGGAUCCUCGAGUCAUCCUGUUGGAAAACACAGCAGUCACAGAGUACAGCAUCAAGAUCCAGAAUGUUGACAUUCACGAUGAAGGGCCCUACAUUUGCUCCAUUCUCACAAACAAGAAACCAAAAUCUACAAAAGUGCAUCUUAUUGUACAAGUACCCGCCAGGAUCACUAAUAUAACAAAGGAUGUCACAGUGAAUGAGGGCAGCAGCAUCAGUCUUAUGUGCCUGGCAGUCGGUCGACCUGAGGCCAGUGUGGUGUGGAGACAUCAUUCACCAAGAGGGAUCUAUACAUUCGUAGCUGAAGGGGAACAUCUGGAGUUGACAGCAGUCACCAAGGAGCAGUCGGGAUCAUAUGAAUGCAUCGCCUCUAAUGACAUCUCAGACCCUGAUAUCAGGACAGUGCAACUCACAGUCAACUAUCCUCCGUUCAUUUCAAAAGCAAGAAGCACAGGUACUUCACUUGGACAGAAAGGAGUCUUGCAGUGUGAAGCCUCGGCGGUCCCGAGAGCAGAUUUUGAGUGGUACAAAGAAGACCGCAGGCUUUUCAAUGGACUGAAUGGGGUUAAGAUAGAGAAUCAAGGCAAACAGUCACUGCUCACCUUUUUCAAUGUCUCAGAAGAAGACUAUGGAAACUACACCUGUGUUGCCAUGAAUAUAAUGGGAAUCUCUAAUGCCAGUAUAAUUCUCUAUGGUCCAGGUGCAAUGCAUGACGUAAACGGGUCUGCCAUGUUCCCAUGCGGCUCCUUAGGCCUCCUGCUUACUACAACCAUAUUCUACCUGCUCAAAUUCUGAUGCAAACCGUGAUCUUCAUGGGUCUUUCAACUAUGAACAGGGAGAACAGACUAUUAGUCCUAAGCAAAGAGUGGAGAACCAAGAUCACAACAGGUUCCUGUUGAGUUUUCUUAAUAUUUUUCUUUUGGCUUUGCAUCAGAGUCGAAUCUCUGUUGGCUUGCCAAGAGAGAAGGAGAGAGAUGUCAGUUGGAAGGAGGGAUAAUUUGUAAUCAUGCACUAAUUUGAUGAUGGUAGAACUACAACUUGUGUGUCCUUGAACCUUUUUUGUAUGUUGAAAGAGAAAUGAAAAAAGUGUAACUGUUAAUAGUUGACUGUUUAUUGCCCAAUAUUGAAGUGUAAAUUAAGAGUAUUAUAUUUACUGUGUCACAUCCUGUUGAAUAUCUGUACAAUACCAUUAAUUAUUUUUAAGUAAAAAACAAAAAAAGGACAUAAUGCAAUGUGAUUGUUGAAUUUUACUGUAUUUUUACAGUUGUUAUGCAAAACAGUUACUGGUCCUUCAUCAUAAACAGCUCAGAAUGAUACAUAAGAUCCAUCUUAAGUUCUCAGGCCAAUUCCUAAAGCAUUGGGCAUUCUAAUUUUUACCUCCAUCCAAGUGUGUGUAGGGAUUACUGGAGAUUUCUUGAAAUGUGUGGAGCAUUUAUUUAUAAAAUGGCAUCUUUGACUCACCUCAUCACAGUUUCAUAGCAGCAGCUUCAAGGUACAUUCUCACUGGCUAUUUUUUACACAUAUAUAUAUUUGGUAAACUUUGGAGCAAAAACAGCCAAUAAAUAAAUCCACCUUUGUCCUCACAUGACAAACCGAGCGUAGUGAGCUAAUGUCUGUUUGGUCGCAACAGAAAUGAUCCAGAUGAAUUUUUUUUGUUGCGUUUUAAUGUAAUAUUUAGAACUAAGCUUAUUUUAAUAAUAUAUAUUUUUUUAUUUAUUAGUCUCCUUUUGAGGCUAUAAGGUUUGCUUCAAACUAUUAACGGAAAGCGCAUUUAUUUUAAGGCUCACCGACAUGUAAUGCUUAAGUCCCAUGCACCAGUAGGGCGGGUCGACCGCUACCGCGGCUGCAGGUUUUUGGGUUGUCCGGGCUCGUGGAGGGUCGUAGACAGGUGUGCAUAGGUGUGUCUUGUAGUUCCCUUUAGGCUUGUGCAGCCUCCUUAAUAGACGUCAUGGAAAUGGAACAAACAAUUGUGCGAGUGGUGAGUGUGUCGUGGAGUAUUGGAAACGAUAAUAUAAUGCCUUGUUUACACUGAGCGGUCCAGACCAAACUGGACUUUUGAGCGUUUCUAUUACAAAAUAGACCGGUUAAGCAGGAUACGACUGGUUCUGGUUUCCUUUUGGUCGUAGGGCCAAAGAAAAAUGGAACGGACCCUGUUGUCACAUGAUGUAACCCAGUGGUCCCCAACACCCCGGCCCGUGGACCAGCACCAGUCCGUGGGUCACUUGGUACCAGGCCGCAAACAAAAAAAUGAAUAAAUGCGCUAACUUAGAAUAUUUACAUUUUGUUUAUAUUCUGAUCCCAAAGGAAGUUUUAUUUUGAAAGGCUUCCGGAUUCUUUUCACAACAUCCGUCAUGUGACAUAAAGCAGGAACUAGAUUACUAAGCUAAUAGCUCAACAAUAAAUGCAAAAACCAAUCCACAAAACGUGUUAAGAAAGCUUCUUCAGGGACAAAAGAGCCAGUGAGGAAACCUAAGAAGAGCCUUCAACUUCAAAGAACAAUAAUGCUGCUAUUUACAGACAGAAGCAGGAGUUUCCUUCUAUAUAUGAAAUUAAAGACCGUUUUCAUGUAGUAGAAGCCGCUCUGUCUGAUACGUGGCGACAGACUGAUUAACACAUGAAUGUAAUAAAGUUACUGACGUGGUGGAUUCACGUUUAUAUUAUAUUUAGAAAAUAUCCGUUUUAUAACGGUUGCAUCAUUUUUCUUUAACUUUAUUAAUCCAUCACGCCUUAAAAGUCGGAUGUAGCUGAAGCUAGCAUACAGUUGUUAGCCUCCCCUUUGACAUUAAAGAGAACAUCUUCAUCAGAAAGUUUAAACCAGCCGCAAAGAUUUCACUGAGAGUGAAGAUUCAAUGAAAUGUAGUUGCUGGUUUGUGGAAACUUGUAAGAGAGACAUUUGAGAAUGUUCCUACAGCAAUGCUGAAUUAGGUAGGCCUCCAUUCAGAAACUUUAGCACAAAAAUGUCCCUUUGUGCUGAAAAAAUACCCAAUAAAUGAGGAUUUAAGCAGACAAAGUACGAUCAGUACUUUUGCCCCAAUGAUAAUCUGAGCCUGGACUGAGUUAAAAAGACCUUCUAUGGGAGGUAAAAUAAUAUGUUUCUUUAACAAAAUGUUCUCAAGUCAAAAAUGAUUUCUACAAAUCAACAACUUUGUUUCAUAUAAUCUACAUAAUCUGCAUAAACAUAUACUCAUAUUUUUAGAUUUAUUUUAAAUAAAAUUUAUUGCAGUUGAAUUUUAUUUUGAAAAUAGAUUUUUAUUAACCGGAAGCUUAAAAAUGCCAACUUCGGACCGGUCCGCAAGAAUAUUGUCCAAUUUAAACCGGUCCGUGGCCUGAAAGAGGUUGGGGACCACUGAUGUAACCCAUUGAUUGGUGGAAAGAUUUCACAACAACAGCAAGCAUUAUACCAGCGCUUUUCUCGACUCAAGAUCAAAACUGAAAGUUUUGUCGUCGAAUCGGCUGUAUUCUUCUUCUACCCGCAAUCUUUUUGCAAAGAAUAACACAUUCUUUACAUACAGUAUUCCCCUUUAUUUGAUGGGAUUGGGGGGUGAAGUAACACUGAAUCCACUAAAACUGUAAGGAUUGUGAAGUUUGCUUUGGUUUUUGUCAAUUAUUUGAUGGGUUUUGGUCAUGUUCUGUUUUGAAUUGUCCCUCAGUCACAAUCAGUUUCAGGUUCGUCAUGAUCCACAGCUGUCUUCAUUUCAGUUAAUGACCCUCAGUCUAUUUAAGUGUCUGCUUUUCAGUUCUUCCUGGUCAGGUCAUCUCUGCUCUGUUUGUCACCAUGUUUGUUUCUCCAUGGGUUUUUAUUUCUGGUCAUGCUUUGGUUAACUUAUUAAAAUGUUUACUUCCCCUCACCAACACUGAUCUCCGUCUCACCCGACCCCUGCGGCCAGAGAAUGUCCGUAUCAAUCCAUACUCGUCAAAAACACUUCUAAUUGUCCUUUAACAUUUUUGAAGAACAUUGGAGUAUUCCUCAACAUAGUUUUUUCUAAUUCACAAUAAUUGUUCUGCAGGACAGGAUCCAGCCUCAUCCCUAACAAAUACCUGCUCUGUAUUAUAAUGAUCCUCCGCGGUUAUCUUUUUAAUUUUCCGUCAGGUGAUGCAGCUUUUCUUUCGCUGUAGUCUCACCAUUUUGAAUGUCAUCGGUCUACAGCCCGUAUGCGCUUUGGUUGUCCAACGUUCAAUAGAAACGCUCUUUUGAAUUACCCAGACCAUUCUAAGCCGGGCUAAUAAGGGACUGGUCUGUUCCGUACCGCUCAGUGGAAAAGAGGCAUAAGUUACUCACAUGUAGAGGUGAUUCAGUCGUACAGCACCCUUACGCUGCACUCUUGUCAUUGCUGCAGUGUGUCUACUCUCCCUUUAUUAAAAACUAUGCUCUGAUUGUAUAAUUUUUACAAUUUCUAACAGUCAGCCUGCAUGGAAAGUGCAAUGAGCACACACUUUACACUUGAACAGCCCUAACCAGCAGCUUGGGCAGGGUUUAGUGGGAUUGUAAAAAUGAAAAAUCCCUAUGACCCUUACUUACCAUUACAUGUUGCAUAAGUGUGAACCUGUUGCCCGCAGCAUACCCAUAGAAAAAUUGUGCAUAAACAUUUUUACUCUAUGGGUUUGCCCAAUUUUUUUUUUUUUGCCCACAGACAGCCCAUAUCUACCUGUGAGGGCACUUGUGACUAAGGCAAUAAUUAAAUGCAGUUAAACAUGUUUCUCUUAAACUUUUUUUUUCUUAUGUACAACUAGGAAGGAAAAUGGUUUUAAAACAUCCCAACUUUAGGAUCUCUAUUCAUAGACUUUAAAAAAGUAAAAAUUUACAAGUUAGUGAGGUAUUUAGGAAUUAAUGCCUGCAUUUUUUUUAAAGACUUUUCUUCAGAUUUUAAAAGAAAAUGUCUUUUGCGUUUGUUCCUUUUUAAACACUUUUUAAAUGAAUGAUCUAUUUAUAGGUACAUACAAUAAAUUUAUUUAUUAAAUUCUUAUGGUUCAGUUACAAAAUACAAAGGAAAAUUCUGAGGUAAACAUCAAUUUGGCGACCUAUUUUUCAACAAUAUUCUUCUGUUGCCUGUUAAAAGUCUGCACAAAGAUUUCAUGUUAAACUCUUUAACGGUGAACAGCAAUGAGAAUCACUUUAAUGAAUGUUCCCUGAAGCUGCGAUGAAGCUGUUUCCAGGUGCUGCAAAUGUGCCCUUUUAACCUGAUGUAAAGAGUGGAUGCAGUUUUCAGUUCUUUCAUCUGCAAUGGAUGGAAAAAUGUUCAAGGGAUAAUAGUUUUGCAAUGACAAGAAUCUUCUGGAACACAGGGAUAGCUAAUGUGAUGUUCUUCUAUUGUCCAGGUCACUCUUGUGCAAAUGUAUGGGUUAAAAUUGUGUUCAAGGUAACAGAAAAGGGACAGAACUGAUGUAUGUGGGGAUGUCUUGAUUGUAGUCUCAUGUUCAGUUGUGUGUUUGUGAUAAUAGUGAGUCAGCCAGCUGUGGUCUAUCACAGGACCUGAUUUCACAUGUAGGCUUUGUUGCUAAAAGCAAACGGAUCAGGUGCAAAUACAUGAUACAAGUUAACCAUGCAUUUGGAUCACUUUGUUAAAAAAAUAUUUAAAAGAACAAGCUGGAUUAUUGUAUUUUUUUGCAUGAAAGUAACUUUUUCUUUUAAUUAAUGUGUUAUUUUUAAGUUAUUCCUCCACCUCCUUAAAUGGGAAAAGAAGAGAAUAUUCAAGAAUACUCAUGAAUGAUUUUUAAAAUAUUCUAUUUGUUUUUGCUUUUUUUCUGUUCAACAAUUCUACUAAUUUGGCAACCUGUUUUACUUUCUGACAUACUGGAGACUGAGCAUAUAAUAGUCAUUAUUGUGAUAUACUGUCAUUGUAUUCUUCUAAAGGUUGAAAAGUUGCCCAUAAAAUGGCUAAAUGUUGAUCUGACUUCC